GUGUACAAACGGAAGAUGUCAUCAGUAGGACAACUCGUCCCGCAAGUGACGCGCAGCCCCCCCAACAUGACAAUCAAGUUUAACGGACCUCACAUCGAGGGAUCGUACUGCACGUCAAUCGAUCUUAAUUACGAUCCCAUCAUUGGCACAAUCUGUGCUAUGUAUAUUGUGUUUGGGAUUGUUUAUACACUGUUUGGAUAUCGAUGCUUCAAAGCUAGCAUGUUCUUGACAGGUUUUACAUUUGGCUCAGCUAUUGUAUAUUUAAUAUGCCUGCAAGAAUAUCUGAUGCCACCUUAUGGCAACGUUGCUGUCGCGUUGUGCGCGGGCCUUCUCUUCGGUCUAAUAACUAUGCUGAUACAAUACGUCGGUCUAUUCAUGACUGGUUUCCACACGGGACUCUUGCUCGCCAUUGCCGGUUUGGCUAUCUAUGAUCACUUCCUCGAGAGCCUACCAACUACUUAUUGGAUGUGUGUAGUGGCUUUACUCUGUUCGGGCAUCUUCUUCGCCGUGGUCAACUUGUAUUGGAAAAAAGUAUUAACAAUAUUCGGUACGAGUGUGUACGGCGGUGCGGUGAUAGCAACAUCUCUCGAUUAUUUCUUCGAGCGCAUGAUGAUGCUCAAGUGGCUAUGGGAGAGAGCAAAGCUGGAGCCGGCGGUGGCGCCACCAUGCCGGCUAUCGUGGCUGACGCUGGCCGCUUGGCCGGCUGCCGCGAUCGUGGGUCUCACUGCGCAAUGUGCGCUAACCGCAACUGGCAUCUACCAUGAGCAAAGUAUAAUGGCUCAGAAGCGGCGGCUGAAGGCGCAGCAGUCGCGGCCGGUGACACGUGAGCAGCGCGCCGAAAUGAAACAGAGGAAGUAUAGGUAUCUGUACCAGGUCCGCACUGCGCACGGGGACGUUAUAUCACAGUCGUAUGUGCAAGCGCUGCAGAAGAAGGCACAGUGCGGUAAUUGGAGCGGCAGCGGGUGCGGCGGCGGCGGCGGCGAAUGCAGCACGCUACAAAGCGACUCUACGCACCUGACUGUGCUGGCCGGCUCUGAGCAUGCGCCUCCCACCGACUCCGACGACGACCUCAACCAGAUCCGCGCCGCACAUUAGCCACCCAGUUAGUCACCUAGAUGGCACGAUUGGCACGAAGUAAAACGCGGUGCCGGGGUGAGCCAAAUUCAUAUUUAAUCCUUGCAUACAGUAUUACUGUAAAGGAAUCUUCUCAUAUUGAUGAUUUAUAUUUACGUUUUUAUACUCAACCUGACAUUAUUAUAAUCAAUUUAAAUGUAAUUAACGCGUGUAAUGGUGGUGUUCAAGACCUAUUGAAAAUUCAAUUAUUUAAAACAUCAAUUUAAUUUUUGUUAAUUUUAUUCAAAUGUUCGGACGGCAGCAUAUCAAGCUAAACAUUGAUGGGUUUUGUUCCGUUGGUCUGGAGGCGACAUUCGAAAAAAGUGUAUGGCUUGUUGUGUUGUUGAUUGCACCUUAUAUUGGUUUCAAAAUCAAAUUUAAACAUCAUAUCGAUGAUGCCUUAAACGAGCAAGUGCAACUUGAACCAACGUCAAA